GUCGAUGGUUCCGACGUUUCCUGUAGUUUGGUAUGGUUCAAUUUGUACGCUAAACGCUGAUAUGUGUGAAGUAAUUGUACAAAAACGAGUUGUUUAUAGUGCGUCGAGUUUUCUAUUACUGAUAAGGCUCAUUCACGUAUCACUAGCGGGUUAGGGUAGGUCAUUGAGCGGUGAUCCUUAAUACGUAUCACGAACAUUGUAGAAAAAUACUUUACGAACAUGCUGCUUCCUUAUUUCUUGAAAAGAAUGAAGCAUGACACAACGACGAAGGGGGGCGAAAGAAAGAGAAGGAGAGGAUGUAUAAAUCAGUGUAUGUAGAUACGAAAAGCCGCUCGAAGUUGAAGUGAUAAAAUUGGAGCCGUAUCAAGGUGAUACGGCAGUCGUAAUGUCAAUGACCGAUUGGCGGCCAUGAUUCCUCCCGAAAUGACAUUGCACGCCGGCCUUCGCCGGAGACGGUAACAUCUGUGUUUCAGAUUGGGAACAGUCGCUGCGUUUUAUCAGCGAUAAGUGCGAUAACGCGGCGAGAUAUCUUCCAGCGUUGCCUAAUUCGAUGCAACUGCAACGGUAGAAUAUUACUGUGGAUCUUGGCGAGGCCGUUGCUUUUCGUACAGCGAAACGUAACGUAAUCACCGGCGGCGGCGGCGCGGCGUAUCGCAGCUUUCUCGUCCGGCACGCGACGAAAGUCGGAGCGAUUAUAAAAGUCGCGGGAUGGUCUUGCGAGCUAAUAAUCGAGUACGAGGUAACUUCGUGCCCGUUGCGAACAACUUGGCGACAAACUGCACGAACAUUUCGUCCCGAUCUGAUAACGUCAGACUUACCGUCCAGUGGCGCGGCUCGAUUUCUGUCCUCCGAGCUCCGAUAGUAUGCAAAACGCGAGGAUAAUCAACGCAGAUCUGAAAUCAGACUUUCUGAUAUUGUAUACAUCGAUACGAACGCAGCUGCGCGGCAUCGACUUGUCUCGCGCGUCGAGUUGCGUCGCGUCGCGGCGCGGCGCGGCGGUUCGCCGUGCAGCCGUCGGAUUCACUUAGCGCGCCGAUGUUAGCGCCUUCAGUCGCGUCUGGUCCGCGGUGGUGUAAACGUCGUCGGGUGCGGAGGUGCGUUCGAGUUCACGCGAGAGCGAGAACGCGCGCGUUCGUACAUUCGUUCGCGUUGUCGCAAGCAGACGGAAUUGCCGGGCGACUAAUUAGUGCCGAAUGUCGCGACCGCACUGUCGGCUCCGCUCGUGACGCGUACGCGCAUCCGUUUUUUCGCUAUCGUGGUGGCACGAGACAGUCAUGGACGCGUGGAUGUACGACGUGGGCCGCGCACUCGAGAGCCGCUUGUUAACAUAGUCUCACCCAAUGGCAGCGUCUUCGAAUCAGUUAUUAUUCUUGAACGUAUCACAUCAAGAAACUCCCGCAGGAACCUUGCGCUCCGACACACACACCCCAGGGACGAGAUAAAGUCUACACUUAAAUUAUACACUUUAUCAAGUCUGUAUGAUGUCUGGCGCUACUACGGAAAGUAUGAUUGGGAAUAACAGGACGACGAUGCCGAACAUCAAGCAGGAAGUCGACAAUCCGUCGACACCUACGCAAAAUUAUCAAGUAUGCUCGCCUACCACGACCCUUCAGCACCAGGAGUCAAUAUGCACGAAACUGGACAUUCCGCCAGAUUAUGGCGAUAGCGGUGGCAGUCCUGAGAGUCCAGAGAUGCAUCAUUGCUCUUCCACUACGCAGCCUUUGGGAGCUACGGAUGACGGUGUCAAGGAAGAAGAUAUGAUGCCCAGAAGACUCUGCCUGGUUUGCGGAGAUGUUGCAAGCGGUUUUCACUAUGGUGUUGCCUCCUGCGAAGCGUGUAAGGCUUUCUUCAAAAGGACUAUACAAGCCAGUAAUUUUACAGGAAACAUCGAGUACACGUGUCCGGCGAACGGCGAGUGCGAGAUUAACAAACGCAGGCGGAAGGCGUGCCAGGCGUGUAGAUUUCAGAAAUGCUUGCGGCAAGGCAUGCUGAAGGAAGGCGUGAGGUUGGAUCGCGUCAGGGGUGGUCGACAAAAGUACAGAAGGUCCACGGAUCCCUACACGCCCGUUAAGAGCACCACGCUAGAGGCUAACGUAGUAGCGUCGGCAGCUCCUACCGAAACGAUAAACAACAAGAUGGUGGAGGCCUUGACUGCCUGCGAGCCGGACAUGCUUCAAGUGUCUAAUAUCUCGCAUACGUUGGAGACGGACCAGAGAGUGCUCGGCCAAUUGUCGGAUCUGUAUGAUCGAGAGUUGGUCGGAAUAAUCGGUUGGGCCAAGCAGAUUCCGGGAUUCAGCAGUUUAGCGCUAAACGAUCAGAUACGACUUCUGCAGAGCACCUGGGCCGAGAUCCUGACCUUUACACUCGCAUGGAGAAGUACGCCAAACAGUGGUAGAUUGAGGUUCGCACAAGACUUCACGUUGGAUGAGAGACUCGCGCACGAGUGCCACUGUAUGGAUCUGUACACGCAUAUCCGCUUUAUGGAAAUAUGUUUUCACGU